CCCUGAUGACUUGAUCAAGUUAAGCUAAACUAUUAAAUCACCGAAGGCUUUAUUUUCAUCCAUCUAUCCCUGCAUCAUUUAUUCCGUAAGCAGACCAUAUCUUCCCACAUUUGCCUAGCAACGAGGUCAUGAUAUGAGUCCACAAAUGCUGGAUGCGCAUGCGAAGCCGCCAGACAAUGUCCGCUCUCUGUACAAACGAUAUCAGCGUAUGAGACCCGAGGAACUGAAAACUGACCCGUUGAUCCUUGAUUUCUCUAAGAACAUCGAUACAUUCGACCAGCAGGAAGCUGCUGGUCUUAAAAUUAUUGGCGUCAUUGGGAGAGAGACUCUCCAAGAUGCCUUCACAAACUUCGACCCCAAAUUCUCAGACGGCAGCCAAGACACGAAGGUCUUUGAGCACGCAGAUAUGCCUGGUUUGCAUAUCAUCCCAUCCCUUCUUCCUCCAAGCAUCCAAUCGUCUCUUUUAAACCGCAUGCUUCAUCGAGACCUUUCCAAUCCUAGUCACCAAACCAACAUUCAUCUUCAUUACAAUGUCACGUACCCAGAGCCCCCGGCUUCCUCGUUCUUUUCUUCCAAAGUCGGCGAGGCCUCAACGAACUCCGAACCCACCUUCAUACCCAAGAAUCCCGAAGUGCACAAGCCAUUGGCAUUGACGAGCGUGCUUGCCAAAAAGCUUCGAUGGGUUACUUUUGGAGGGCAGUACGAUUGGACUGCUAAAGUCUAUCCUGAAGACGCUAAAGCUCUACCGCCAUUCCCGAGCGACAUUGGAAACCUCAUCUCGGAUUUGUUCCCCGACACGCUAGCAGAGGCUGCGAUCUUGAACUUUUAUUCUCCAGGCGACACUCUGAGCGUGCAUCGCGAUGUGAGUGAAACCACAGACCGCGGCCUAGUCAGCUUGAGCUUCGGCUGUGACGGGAUAUUUAUCAUUGGACCCGAGCCGGAGACGAGCGAAUUUGAUCCAAGAGACGGAGAACGGCCUAUCCCAAACCCGAGUGGGUGCAUUGCGCUCCGCUUGAGAUCGGGAGAUGCCGUUUAUAUGGCUGGAAAGUCGAGGUUCGCCUGGCAUGGCGUCCCGCAAAUUAUACGAGGCACAUGUCCCGGCUGGCUCGAACAAUGGCCGGCCACCGCGGAUUCGGGGGAUGAUAAUGUCCACAAGAGUGAUGGAGAUGUACUGCUACCUGACCAAAUGGCGGAUGACUUCGGCAGGUGGAGAGGAUGGAUGAAGAACAAACGUAUCAAUCUGAAUGUCAGGCAAAUGCAAGAGGAGUCGUCCAAGCAGAACAGGUAUACCACUGCAUAGAGAAACCCCCCAGAAGUGGAAAUAUAUGAGAUUGCUUCUAAUACAGCGCAUACUGCGGAUGAAGGCAUUAUAGCAUCAUAACGGAGUUUUGUGUCUUAGAUUAGUCCAUUCAAGUCUUUCCAAUGUAAAAAAGGACGAUGGUGGCGUUGGAGCAUGGAAAUACUGUCUCGCUAUUCAAGAUGCACUUCGUACUCUCUCCAGGAAAGAUGCUCAUUUGUAGCCAAACAAUUGUAAUUUUUGAGAUGCACAUAGUUUCCGAUGACUAGAAGCGACGAAAGAGCGAAAUUUACGAAGAUUUAUAAGAG